CUCCGUUGAAGCCUUCAAAAACGUAGUGUGCUUUGACCGUUAAGGACUGCGCAAGUGCCAAACGGGAUCUUCUAGCAGUCAUGAGGAACAACAGAAGCCUGAUUGCGGUGGUCUUCCUCUGCGUCGUCGCAAGUGUUAUACCCAACCCGGUCAGGCGUUCCCCAGACCUUGAAGCGAGACGUAGAAGUUCCAUAGACAGAAGUAUGAUAAGGUUCGGAAGAUCUUAUCCACCAGAGCCAUCUGCAGCUGACCUUCGAGAGGUAAUCCAACGCCCAACACGCAAAGGCAACAGCUUCCUCCGCUUUGGAAGAUCCCAACCCAUGGCUUUCACUACCGACGAUCUCAUCUCCCUUCUACGAAGCUACGAAGAUGAGUAUGACAACCCAACUUCAAAAAGAGUGUCAAAUUUUGUGAGAUUAGGCAGGGAUCCUAAAUUCAUCAGACUUGGAAGAUCCACGGAAGAAGAUAAGCUUGGAUAUGAACAGAGUUCCGAUUUAGUACUGAGUGGUUAUCCCCAAAGAAAACAUAGAGCAAGAGAUCACUUCAUAAGACUCGGUAGAGAUAGCGAGGAAUUAAAUAGUGAAGAAGAAGUUUCAGAAGAGAGGAAGAAAAGGUCGACUGAUUGUCAUGAUUGCUAAGUCUUAGUAUCCGAUUGAAAGCAUAUGUUGAAAAUGGUUUUAGUGCCAAGAUUUUAGUGCCAUAUUUAUUAAAUUAGAUACAAGUUAGUUUAGUUCUUGUAGCAUUUUAAAGAACUGUUCCUGUUUAUUUCUUUUCGUAGGUUUAAUUAUUUAUUCUGCAUUUUAAUACGGUGGUAGUGUUGAUAUGUUAUAAGCAGACUUGCUGUUAUUUUAAAUAUGUAAAAAAAAAGUUUUAAAUAUGUUUUCCAUGCAUAUUCUGUUUUUAAAAAACAGUUUUUAUCCAAUCCUGGCAAUCCUGGUUAUAAAAGAUACAAGUAGGCCUAUGUAAACUUUUUUUUAAUUUCUGGGAAAUUUCGGUAUCGAUAUGCAUGAGUUGUUUGUUUGUAUGAUUGGUGAAGCGAUAUUACUUUAAUUUGAUCUCAUAUUAAGAGGAGUUUUUCCGGAGUGCGCUCCAUACAAACUUAGUUUGGUUCUCAUUUAAAUUUUAAAUCAAAUUAAAUUGAAUUUUGUAGUCAUGUUCUAGAUACUAAUUAUAUCUGCGUAGGUGUGUGUUUUGCCAGAUUUAUUAAAAAAUGUGUAAGUAAUUUUAAAGUUACAAGAAAAGGUUUCAAACUAAACUACUUUUGUAUGGAUAGUGCUGGGGAGCGCGCUAGGGAAACUUCUCUUAAGGGACAAUUUAUGCUACGCCGUGCAUGAUCCGAGCCGUGCCACGGCUGGUAAACUGUUCAUAUUUGUGCUCCGACGGGGCACUGUAUAGUUGUGAAUUAGUCUAAACAAAACUAUACUUGACUGAAGACAAAGACUAUGCCCCGUCUAAGUAAAGGCUCAUGCACGUUCUAACAUAAAUCCACUUUAAGGUUGUUGUUUUUUUAAAUAUAAUUUUAUUUAUAAUCGUUCUUAUCAAUCUCAAUUAAUUUUGAUGCUGUUUUAAUUUGUUAACUAGGUUUAAUUUUUAAUUUUAAUCUCAAAAAUUGUUAAUUCUUUUUUCUUUCUGAUGAAUAGAGCUGCAUUCCAAAGAGUAUAAUAAUAAUUAAUUAAAUUUAAAUAAUGUUGUAUCCAUAAAUGUUUAUAUUAUAUACGAUA